ACGCCACCGCCGAUUUUUUCCACUAACGUACGCAUCUCCCUUCGCACUUUAUUUAUUAAUAACCUGAUUAAUCUAAUGACAAUCUACCAACUCACCCUGUUCUUCUUCCCCCUCUGUCCCCUCUGCAGAUGUUUUGAAGGCAGUAAACUGCAUGGUUUUUGGCUGAUCAACAACCAUGCCAGGGGCCACUAAGAUGCAAUCCUCAGUUCUUCAAGUCAUAUUCACAUCCUUUGUUUUCUUGAGUUCUGUGAACAAUGGGUAUGCUGGGACCACAAGUACUUUCACUCGGAAAGAGUGGCCAUCAAUUGACAUCCCUCUUGAUAACGAAGCAUUUGCAGUUCCAGAGGGAUACAAUGCACCACAACAAGUACAUAUUACCCAGGGAGACUAUGAUGGAAAGGCUGUAAUUAUCUCAUGGGUUACAGCAGAUGAACCAGGGCCCAGCAGAGUGCAAUAUGGCAUAUCAAAGAAUAGAUAUGAUUUUACUGCAGAGGGGAAAAUGACAAACUACACCAUGUACAGAUAUAAGUCAGGUUUCAUUCAUCAAGUUUUGGUUGAUGGCCUUGAGCAUGACACCAAAUACUAUUACAAGAUUGGGAAUGGUGAAUCUGCAAGAGAAUUUUGGUUUCAAACACCUCCAAAGAUUGAUCCAGAUGCUCCUUAUAAAUUUGGAAUCAUUGGUGACUUGGGCCAGACAUAUAAUUCACUGUCAACCCUUGAGCAUUACAUGCAGAGUGGAGCACAAACAGUCUUAUUUGCAGGUGACCUUGCUUAUGCUGAUAGAUAUCAGUAUAAUGAUGUUGGUAUUCGGUGGGAUUCUUGGGGUUGUUUUAUAGAAAGAAGUGCUGCAUAUCAGCCAUGGAUUUGGUCUGCUGGGAAUCAUGAAAUUGAGUAUUUUCCUUACAUGGACGAAGUUAUUCCUUUCAAAUCCUAUCUUCAUCGGUACCCUACACCUUAUUUGGCUUCCAAAAGCAGCAGUCCUUUGUGGUAUGCAAUUAGACGUGCAUCUGCUCAUAUCAUUGUGCUCUCCAGCUACUCCCCAUUUGUCAAAUACACGCCUCAAUGGAGAUGGCUCAAUGAAGAAUUUAAAAGGGUUAACAGGGAGAAGACACCUUGGCUUAUUGUUCUAAUGCAUGUGCCUAUAUACAACAGUAAUGAAGCACACUUCAUGGAGGGUGAAAGUAUGCGUGCAGUCUUUGAGAGCUGGUUCCUCAAGCACAAAGUUGACGUAGUCUUUGCCGGUCAUGUCCAUGCGUAUGAAAGAUCGUAUCGAAUCUCAAAUGUACACUACAAUGUAUCAAGUGGUCAGCAUUACCCUGUACCUGACAAAUCAGCUCCUGUUUACAUCACUGUUGGGGAUGGAGGAAAUCAAGAAGGUCUAGCAGGAAGAUUUAGAGAUCCUCAACCAGAUUAUUCUGCAUUCCGCGAAGCCAGUUAUGGGCAUUCAACACUGGAGAUCAGAAAUAGGACACAUGCCUUAUAUCACUGGAACCGCAAUGAUGAUGGGAAUAAAGUGGCAACUGAUUCAUUUGUGUUACGUAAUCAGUACUGGGCAAGCAAUCGGAGAAGAAGAAAGCUGAGGAAAAACCAUCUGAGGAGCGUUGUUGGCCCAAUUGCAUACUAAUUUACAGGAUAACAAGCACCUUUGCAGAUUGCCUGAUACGAUUUUUAGCAAGGAGACGAGGCUGCCAUGGGUUUGAUAAUACAACUUAAUUUUCGUGUUUGUAAUAAGUUACUUUAAACAGAAGCUAGAACUUAUG